AUGUGGCGCAUGCGUGGUGGCGCCAGCCGGCACGGGCGCUGCGGCGGCGGCGGCGGCGCCGGUUGCGGGGCCGAGUGCGGCGCGGCCGGCCGGGGCCUGGGCCGCCCGGCUCGGCUCCAAGGCGGCGUUGGCGGCGGCGGCGUGGGCUGGUGCGGCCGGGCGGGCGGCGCCCGACAGCAGCUGGAGGAGCGGUUCGCCGACCUGGCCGCGAGCCACCUGGAGGCCCUCCGCGCGCGGGACGAGCGGGACCGGCAGAACGCGCGGCUCCGCGAGGAGAACGCCCGGCUGCGGCUCGAGAACCGGCGGCUCAAGCGCGAGAACCGCAGUCUCUUCCGCCAGGCGCUGCGGCUGCCCGGCGAUGGCGACGACGACGGGGCGGCCGCGGGCUGCGAGGAGGCCAGAGCGAAUCGGAGGCCCGCACGAGGCGGCGGCGGCGGCGGCUCCGAAGAGGAGCUCAGCACCGCCAGGGCCUUGAGGGCCCGCCUGGAAAAGCUGGAGGCCAUGUACCGCCGCGCGCUGCUGCAGCUGCAUCUGGAGCAGCGUGGGCCGCACUCGCGAGACGACAAGGAGGAGCCGCCGCCACCGCAGCACGACGAAGCCGCCCGGAGCCCUCCGGGCCCGGAGCCGGCGUCCGAGGAGCCCCAGGACUCCGGGCUGUAG